AUGAUGGACUCCGAAGUCAGCUGUACUGGUCCUCUUGAGCUACCCCUUCCAUCUCACCUCUCUCUGCUUCAUCAUACCUCAUCUCCAAGCUCACUCUUAAGGCUUCUUCCUCCUCUGGCUCUUUGCUUCCUCUUAUUCUACCUGCUCUCUUCUGGCUUACUUGCAUCUGCUUUCAUCAAUCUUACUUUAUCAUCUUACUCACGCGUCUCUCCGGACAAUUUAGCUCGUGUUUACUUACUUCGUGCCCUGCUUGAGUAUUCUUCCUACCCAACGCGGACUCCCUCUUCCAGAGACUCUCACACAACCAAGACCGACGACCUGAUUUCAAAAUCAGCGGGCGAUGACCUGGCUGUAUCUGUAGACUUCCCAGCUGGUGUGAACAACGUCGAGAUGGAUGACGUCGGUGAGCAGUCUGAGAUGCUGGAUUCAUCUGCUGGCGCGGAAACCGGACUGUGGGUCAAUGAUACUGGCCUUGAGCAAGACACCGAGAUUGUGGAUAAUGAGAGUUCUCACAACGAGGACGAGGAGGAAGAGCUGGAGGACUCCUACGUUCCAAUUUCCUGGCGUGAGGAUGACACGGUCCCUCAGCCGGAUACGCCCCCCUUUGCAGGCUUCUGUAAGGUGGUCCUCGCCGUAGAGCGAGCCUCCCAGCCGGAAUCCAGUUCGACGACCCCGCCGUAUGAGCUCCUGGGUGAUACUCAGGACUACGGUCAUCCUCAUGUCCUUGAGGCCGAGUAA